CGGCGCCAUUUUUGAUAAAUUUUGAAAAUAAGAUUCGAGUGUCUGGCCAAAAACAUGAUAGAAAGUGUCCAAGUGAGGCAGAGAGGGGCCUAUGACUUUGAGUCCCACUAUGAUAACCUUUGUGCUCUUCAAGACAGUGUCCCUAUUCCAGCAGUUAAAGCACACCUCAGCCAAGGUCUCCUAGAUGUGAAUGGUGACAGAAUAAGAUCAAACGAUUGGGUUCCAGUCUUGAAUACUCUGAGGAUCAACAAGAGCCUCAACUUUAUUGGUGUUAGGAGUUAUUUUCAACUACCAUUAGAUGAACAAGGUCAAAUUCCAGAAGAUAAGUCAUUAAUAUGGAAAAAGAAAACCCCUGCUGUUCGGUCAAAAGAGAUCACUUAUCGUUUGUGCAAGUCCCUCAAAGAAUGCUUGACUGUGACUCCAGUCCUUUCUACACUAGAACUUCAAGGACUGCCCCUGAGGGACAAAGACCUUAUGUGCUUAGCCAAGGGUGUAUCAAAGAAUUCCACUCUGACUCACCUGUCCUUGGAAUAUUGUAGGAUAGGAGAUGCAGGCCUGGAAAUUGUCUGUAAGGGCAUCAAGAACUCAACCACAAUAGCUGCCAUCAACUUUACAGGGUGUAGCCUCACAUGGAAGGGAGCAGAGAUUCUUUCAAAGAUUGUCAAGCACCAGGGUAUGAAAAGACACAAUGAAGCUUGGCGGGACAGUUUACGCUAUAGGCGACCAGAUCUUGACCGUAUGGCAGGAAUUCGACGAAUCACAGUCAACUGCAAUCCAAUGCUCAAUGACCAGGGAGCUCUGUCAUUUGCAGAGGCUCUCAAGGAUGAUCUGUGGUUGAAAGCUCUAGAUAUGCAGCAGUGUGGAGUGUCCUCCCAAGGUGCCAAGGCCUUACUAGAUGUCCUCAAGUUCAACACCACAUUGGUUGUACUAGAUGUUCGACAGAAUCCUCUUAUAGACCGCAGUAUUCUGACACGAAUCAUGGAGCAAGUGAUGAUCAACUCUGAUGGCCAAGAUACUGAGUGGAGAUGGAUCAAAGUGGAGUCACCAGAGGACCCCAACAAGGUGAAAGUGAGGAAAAAGAAAACAAAAACCCUGAACAGCAGCUUUGGCAGGAAGGCCACCAUCAAGGUGAAUACUCCUGGUUCUGGCAAGAAAAAGAGCAAGAGUUAUGUUGCAGCUAGACACACCCUUCACCCUAUAACCCCAUGCCCUAGCCCUGGUAUACCAUGGAGGACAGCACUCAGAGCAUCAAGAUACAAAGGGUACCCACCUAACCACACUCCAGGCCAAGCCAGCAUUUUAGAACGUAGCGAAGACACUACACAAUUAGAACAUUCUAUACAUGUAGAUGAAUCCACAGGCUCAGAUGAGGAAACAAAUAAUAACAUUGAUGAUGCCAUACUUGAGCAGUCCGAUGAAGAUUUAGACUUCAAACGUCAUAUGAAAAGCUUCAAGGUUGAAUUUGAACAGUUGAAACGUAGGUUAGAGCAAGAAACACAGGCCAGAGCUAAAGCUGAUCAAAGGAUUAUUGAGUUGACAGUUGAGAACAGUCGUCUGAAGCAAGAGUUGAAUGAUGUUAAGAUGAGCAUGAGUCUAUUGAAUAAUGAGAGCAUACUGGACAAUAUAGAGGCUUCCUUCCAGCAGUUCCAUGCCUUCCUGGACACAUUGAGAGAGGCGGGCCUUGGUGAACUGAUAACACUAGGGGGGUUAGACCAGGAUCAGAUGCCAUUUAGUCGACCACCCCAGCCUCCCUCAUCAUCUAUGCCACACUCCCAGAUGAACAUUCCCCACCCCCAGGCCACUGUACCGCACCCCCAGGCGAGUCGGCCUCCCCCUGGAGUACAUCGGGUACAGAGUGGGCCCCCAUAUUAUACAACAGCUGGCCCACCUAGCAGUACCCCUGAGUACAUACAACGCUUUCAGUCACAUCUAAACAACCGAGCAGAGCCUAAUAUAUCACAUUUGGAUUACACAUUAAAAGAAGGGCAGGAUCCUCACACAGGACAACCAGAUCCUCAUAGAGGGCAGGGGGAUAAAUAUGUAGCACCAAACCUCACCCCCCAGACAUACAAGGCUGCACCUGACCCUACUAUGCAUCCUGUCCCUCAGAGACAGCCUCACCCUGUACCCCCUACAGAUCCAACCCCCACCAAUCACCCAGAUGACCUUUACCAGAGAGUGCUUAAGGAGACACAGGCUGCUCUUCACCCGGUGUCUGGUACCCACUCUGUACAUGGUGCAUUUCCAAUGUCUGGUGCAAUCACACCACCAACAGGUGAUGACAUAGAUGAUCUUGGUGUGGUCCAGCCUGCAGCCAUACAGCUUGACCAGAUACCACCAUCAACUGAGUCCAAGCCACAAUCUGAGAGGCCCCAGCCUACACCUAGAUCAACAGUCAGUAGCAAACCUGCAGUUACGGCACAGGAAUCUCAAGACAGAUCUGAUAGUGAACACUACUCAAAGAAUGAUGCGAAAAACAUUGGGAAUAAGCACUCUGAGAAAGAACAAUCAGAUGGAGACCAGCUUUCAGAACAAUUAAGUGGACUAUCAGGUCUAGAACAGUACAUUCCCCCAGAGACACCAGAUAAUUAUGAAGAUUCAUUCAACAUAAGUGACCACGACAGCUCAUCAUCUCACCACUUGCCAGCAUCCCCUGUUGAUAGACCUACCCCUGAACAACAGGUCAUCAAUGAUUCUGUUAAGGGCUCAGAACAUUCAAGUGUGAUCGAGGAGAUCGGGGAACAGUACAGUGAAAGUUUUGAGCACUCUGUCUUGAGUGAUAAGGAACAAUCCACUAUACUAACAGAGAGUGAGGACCAAGAUUUUUAA